UCACAGCCUGUUAGUCAUUCACUCGUUCUGCAGAACCUAACACAUCCUUAUCGUACGUCGACAUCGACCCAAGAGACCAAAGGAAAAUGAUGAAGAACCUCGCCGCCCUCGUUUCCGCAGUCUUGUUGCUGCCCUUCGCGGCCGCUGCCGCUAUACCAAUGCCGCUGCCCAUCCCAGCCGAUGGACUUGUUCCCCAGGAGCUGCAAGAUAGUGCUAGCAACCUAGCGGACUUGCAUGAGUUUGAUAAAUGAUGAACGGGGUGACAUAGGACUGGGAUGGAGGUCUUUUAGCUUAGGACCCGGACAACAAGAAUCAUUGGACACAGGGUCUGCCUGGUUGGAGCGAUUGGAGGACCAUUUUGGAGGUAAUAACCAGCAUAAAGGAAAGAACAUUGAUUCACUAGAACAGUCUCGAAAUGACAGAGGUGAUGUUACGUAGAGGUAUCGUUGAUAAAU